GUCGGACGUAGACAAGAAGGCAACUCCCGCUGCACGGACAUACUGUACAGUAUAUCGCAAGCCAGCACUCAGCGCUCGCCUUCACCCUAGGCGGCCCGCCUCUCGUCCUGUAUCCACCACACCCCCGCGAAGAUGCCAGCAUUCCUCACAAAGUUGUGGGCAAACCACGUACGCCCGCGCCUAACGCUAUGGAAGCAGCCUUGGAAACGAGACGUCGGAUUGUUGUUACUCGCGGCGGUUUGGUUUGUCUUCUGCAUCUAUAUGGUUGCGCUGGCGAACGCUUAUGCUGAUAGGAAGAACACAAACGAGAACAAACCACCAGGCGAACGGUACGUCGCGCCGGACCCAUUGUUGGCCGCGACAACGCCCUGGUUCUAUGGGUCGGGGCUCCCACAACAUCUGGCGGACACGUUGGUCGCGAUUUCCGCUGCAUUGCUCUUUGCAUUCGCACUCACCCGCGGCCCCGCCGCCGUCACCAUCGUCCGCCGCGGCCUCCUCAUCGUCGGCGCCCUCUACCUCGGCCGAGUCCCCUACAUGAUGUUAACAGUCCUCCCCUCCCCCUGGAUCUACUGCUUCACCCCGAUCGACCCCAACUUCGGCGCCGACUCCUGGAAACUGUUCACAGGCCAGCGCGUAGACUGCGGAGACACGUUUUACUCGGGCCACACGAUCGUGUUCACGUCGACGAGCAUGCUGUAUUGGUAUCAUUGUCGGUACUGGUGGAUGGUCGUGCCGGUCGUGCUGUUUGAUCUUUUUGGCGCUGUUUCGCUGGUUUUCUCGGGCUACCACUACACAAUAGACGUUCUCGCCUCCUUCGUCUUCACCUUCCUCCUCUGGUGGCUCUUCCACCUCGCCGUCGAGAUCGACGACAUUGGCAACAAAAGAUGGUGGGGGCGGCUUAUCAGGUGGUUCGAUAACAACGGCCACGAGGUGCUGGAGGACAAAGAGGGUCGGAAACGGCUGAUGAUGGCUGCGACGGGGAGGGGGCGGCGGGGGGAUGUUGCGCCGGAUGCAUGGGAGGGUGGGAGUGGGCGGGAGGGUGGGGAUGUGGAGAUGGGGGAGCGACACGAUCGGGAGGACGGCGGGUUACGGCCUCCCUCCGCACACCACCAUCACCACGGCAGUGACAUACAUAGGGGUGAAAUCGUGUCGAUGCCGCGGUUGUCAUUGACCGACGUGCGGUCGACGGAGGCGCAGCCGCGACCGUCGAUGUCGUCGCGGCGGUCGACGGUGGAAGCGCAGCCGAGGGCGUCGAUCGCGGAGAGGGGGUCGAGGGAGAUGGCGAGGGGUGGGGAGGGGGAUGGGAGGGGACAUGUAGAGAUUAGGGUUGAUAGGGCGGGGCGGUAA